ACAGCGUCCGGAAGUCCUCGCCCGGGAUCCGGCCGGCCCCGGCGCAGUCCAGGUGGUGGAAGAUCUCCUGCAGCCUUUGAGUCUGUUGUCGGACUGUACAUGAGGAUGGCAGAGCAAAAGCAGGAGAAUUCAGAGGCAGUGGAAGAAGAGGAGGCAGAGGAAGAUGGUAAAGCAGAGAUGACAAAUUUGAACACACCCUGCUCUGAAAGCACCGUGGAAACGGAGCAGCACGAGGUGCUUGGAGGGAAUGGACAGCUGACCCCAGAGGGGGAAAGCUGUGAGUACCUCCAGUCUGAAGAGAGCUCAGGGAGGCUGGAUGGCUCCCACACUGUGACCAGCACACUGACAGUUUGUCUAGCUCUCCCUGCCCCGCCUGCAGAGCAAAGGGAUAAGAAAACCAAUCACCCUAAUACACGAGGAAGGAGACUGUCUGUAGCAGCUGUUCCAAGAGUGGAAUAUCGCUAUCAAAUUGAGUACUUCCUUCUACCAGAUGACCUCAUACCUAGAAAAGUGGACUUGGUGGUGUCUGGCGUGGUUGUAAAGCUAUUUAUAGACUCAAAUUCCAAGACAAUGACACCGUGGUUUGAAAACAACAAGAUGUGGAUAUCGUGGAACCUUAGUGUUGAUAUCAGUGUCACUAAUGAAUAUCUACUAAAACUAAGAGAUCAUAAAAUAAUUGUAAAUAUCUGGGGUGCCAAGGAAAACGUGUCCUCAAAAGCAAGGCCUAGUAAAGCACAUAUUACUGCUACAAUAGAAGAGGAUGAAGAGGAAGUUGAUGAGGUAAAAUGCAGAGUGCUCUUGCAAAGAAAACUCUUUGAAGAGAGUCAGCCAGCACCCAGCUGUAUGAAAAUCAAAGCAACAAAGGAGCCCAAGGUGCAGGAGAAGCCUUCAGUCCUUCCUGAUGAAGAUUCUUAA